CUCGGCGCUGUGCAGACCCAGACAUUCACAAUGUUAGCGACAGGCGGAGACGCUGUCCUCGCUCGAUCGUCGCCCAUUGCGGCAUCUCCACAGGGGACGCCCUAUGCUCGUCAAAGCGUCGAUCGAUCUCCGUGUGCAGCGCAGGGAUUGUUGGGCGUUUCACCGCACAGCGGUGGUCCAGAGGUCCGGUUAGGGAAAAGGCGCGGAGGUAGCGUUUCGCAUGCGACUGGCGGUGUCGUUGGCCCGGGCGUGACACCCAUUUCGCCUUUCGCUGGUGUGUUGGGGGCUUCUCCGACGGGUGUGCCCGCGGUUCGUGAUGCAGCCGUGCAUGGAGGUGUGUUUGGUGGUCCGUUGCUGCCAUCCCCACUACUGCCUAGACGGCUGGACUAUGCGGCCACGAUUCCUUCAGCACCUGUAUGGUCACUUGCGCUGGCCCCGCCAUGUCCUGCUGGAGGCGCUUCUCUUUCAGGAGAUCGCAGCGAUGCUUGGCGUUGUCCAACCGUUUCAUGUCUAGGAGUCGUCGGCGCGGCGGCCGGUUCGUCUGCGGUGCCGCCUCAGUCUCCCUUUGUCGCUCCUGAUUCCACACCUCCGGUUGACGAUGUCGAUAGCUCUGCGGCAGUCGGUGGCACGCCGUAUUCGGACAUCAGCAGCAUCGUGCGUGUGUGUGUGCGGGACGCGUGUCGGAGGCGGUUGUACGCUCUCCGCGAUGCUAUGGCCGGUGUGGGUGACCAUCGCGGACUGGUCAGCGACGUUAUUGAUCGGCUGCUCCACUGGUCCUUGGCAGCCAUCCGUGCAGAGUUUGGUGUCGGGGUAGCAGAUGUGAUUUCUUCGUCGUUGCCAUCUCGGGUCGGGAUGGAGUACGAGACUCGGCUUGUUGUGGGUGUGCACACUCUCCGUCCAAAGAUCGAAGGCAAGGCGUCGAAUGCGCUUGAGGUGCCAGCCGUCGUGCAACUUUUGCGAGGGCUGAUGGAGAAGGGGUUGAAGAUCCGGUGCGUUGUCUCGGAUGAUUGUGUCGCGCUGGGACCGCAGUUGCGAGCUCUGAACAUCGACUCGCAGAAGGAUUGCCACCACAAAAUAAAAAACAUUCGCAAACACUUCCAUAGUAUGUUGCAUCUGAAGGAAGCGAAGAAAGUGAGUAACCCGCACGAGUGUGUGUCAGAGACGCAGUUUAUGCAGUUCACGAAGAAGCGGCUGAUGGAGGCGUUGGAGCAGCGUUUCAGACCUGGCGUUCUCACACCUGCUGAGGAGCGGAUGAAGAAAUCAGAUUUCGUCGCUGUCGUCAUGCGGAAGAUGUACCCCUACGGAUCGAGGUCGAACGCUCGAGCGUUGGAGACUGAUCCUGACGGCUUGACAAAGUAUCAUGCGCAUGAGGUUGGGAUGUGGUUCCUCCGCGCUUGUCAGCUGUGCAGGGCGGAGGGUGGAGACGCCAGCAGUUUACACCGCGACAUCAUGUUGGUUGCCGAUCAUUGGGCUGGUGAUCAUUCCGGAUGUGUCUGCGGUAGGGAGAGCACCAUCAUCAUCUAUGCGAAGAAGUCGGUGCAUUUCGAGAAGUCUUACUAUGCGCGUCUGUUGAUCGCAGUGAUUCGGUGGAACGAUCACUACUGGCGCGACCCAGUCGGGUACGUUGCUCGCAUAGCUGCGGGCACUUCCAUACGUCCGAGACCAGGCUUCCGUCGACACUACGGUGAGGAGGCGAUCGACUCUUGGCAGGACAGGUUGACGGCGUCCGUGUUCGGUUCGGCUCGUGUUUCAGACUGGGCUCGAGAGCUUCUGCGACAGGAGGUUUGUCCUUAUGGAGCCGCGCCAUUGCCGCGCGAUCUGUUCGUCAAUGGUGGGGGCGACCCAGUGGAAGUCGUUUAUGAUGAUGCCUCCGGUUCCGACCAUGAGGCGGUGGGGGAUAACCGUGUUUUCAUCAUCGGUCACGUGGAGGACGAUGUGGUGCCUGCAUGCGAUGAUUGGGUCCCGGCAUCGAGCUCGGAAUCUGAGGGUGACAAUAUAGAGUUGUUCAGCGUUUGACUGAUUGAAUGGCUUUAUCGUUGACCUGACAUUGAUCUGCUGAUCCGAAAAUCAUUGCGCACGACGUU